AUGCUUCAGCUUGUGGACGGCAACUACAACGCUAACACGACGCACCACCUGUCUCAGAUGGUGGCAGUCUUUCGCCAGGUGCGUCGAUUGUCGCGGUGCACAGUGGUUCUAGUGGUGAGUCACGACUCACAAUUUCUCGCCGCCUUCGCCAAGUGGUCAAUGAAAAGCCGUCUAUUAGUGUGGGCCACUAGACUGUUAGUGGCGACCCGCCUGACCCUUCCACAGCUCCAACCACUUUUGACUUUUUAUUGGACUUACACUAUGAUGAACGCUGCCUUUCUAAGUCUAAACCAUGUUUCCUCCAGCUACCCUGUUUUUAGUUACCUGCCGUACACUCCGGCUGGGCCACAAGUGGUGCAUGUGGCCUCCUGGACACCUCUACUUGGCGUAAUUGUCACCGAGGGUCACAUGCUAUUUCCAGAAAAGUUUUCAAACUUCUAUGGCAGCCAGGUAAAUGUGACUGCCCUACCUUUCGCCCCAUUCUGGGAAGAGCAAAAAGGAACCGGUAACAUCACCUUGUACUCAGGUACAGACUACUAUACUCUGGCCGCCAUCGCGUCAGCCCUGAAUUUUACAAUUUAUGUGGUGCCCACCUCAUCCUGGGCAGAGGUAACGCGCCUGGUCGAGGAGAGAGUGUCUUUCAUAGCUCCUGUAAUCCACAACGUGAUGCCCCAUCGUAGUGAAAAGUACGACUUUUCCUUCGUAUACGAGUACGUAUCGAUGGACUUUAGUAUGGCGCCUCCCGGGCUACAGGCGCAAUGGAAAGCUCUAUACUACCCACUGUCUAGUAAUGUCUGGUUGUACACGCUUCUCGCUCUACUCGUCAUGCCAUUUGUCCUUUUCAUAGCUAUCAGGAUGAAGCAUACGAAUAUUUAUUAUAGCAGCGGUUCCACGCUGGAGAUCGGUGAGGUGUUCCAUGAUAUGACUGGGAUGCUACUGGGGCAGAACCUUCCUCCACGUCUGCCUAAAAUCUCGUCUAGCCGGAUCCUAGUCGCAACCUGGCUGGUGUUCGCUAUUGUCUUCACAUCGGCGUACCGUGGCAAUCUUACAGCGUCACUUACGCUGCCGAAGUAUCCUCCUCGACCAGAGACACUCCCCCAACUUGUCAACUCCGUUAAGAGAAUAACAAUGCAGCCAUUUGGACGAGAAUUUAAGAAUUUCUUCUCAAAGUCGGAAUCACCACUGUUCCAGAAGCUCGCAUACUUGAUAAAUAUCGUACCGACUUUGAUGGAUGGUCAAAACCAAGCCAUCGUUAAAAACCAGGCACACUUGGACAACAGACGUUACCAGCUCUACAAUAUUGCCAAACGAUUCACACGGCGAGACGGCAGUGAAAUGUUAUAUAUCGGACGAGAGAGUAUAAUGCCGGGACAAUCUGCCUGGCCACUGCCUCACGACGCCCCAUACACGGAUGUGAUUGACCGUCAUCUCAUGGCUGUGAUCGAGGCUGGUAUGUAUGAAAAAUGGGCUUCUGACCUGCUCUUCAAGGUUCAGCAAGAAAGUCGCAUAAAGCUGCGACAACAACAGCAAAAUGAGCAACACUCCGAUGCCCAAGUAAAAGAAGAUACGCUUUCUCUUUCUAUAAGUCACAUGCAAGGUGCCUUCAUGCUGCUUCUCCUUUGCCUCAUUUUCGCAAGCCUGGUGUUUAUUUGUGAACUCAACGCUACUGGUCUUCGGCAUAAAGGACACUGUUCAAUUUUUCAAUAACGAUUAUGAUUCGUCUAUGUAUCAAUAAGGAAAGGAAUUGUAGAGAUCAGACAUAAUUCACGAGAGCAAAGAUGAAUAAAAGCCAUUUUAAGA